CGCCUCCUCUAUAAGUGCGCCGCCUCCACAGCUUCAUUCGCCUUCCCACCUCCCCCACUUGCAAGUCAUAGCACACCUCGCGGCGGCGGGGCCCGAGACCGGCGGCGGGCGGCGGAGGCAGCAUCAGUCAUGGUGCACGUUAGUUUCUACCGCAACUAUGGUAAAACUUUCAAGAAGCCAAGGCGUCCGUAUGAGAAGGAGCGCCUUGAUGCUGAGCUGAAGCUGGUAGGUGAGUACGGCCUGAGGUGCAAGCGCGAGCUGUGGCGUGUGCAGUAUGCCCUCAGCCGCAUCCGGAAUGCCGCUAGGGAGCUUCUCACCCUUGAUGAAAAGAAUCCCCGCCGUAUCUUUGAGGGUGAGGCACUCCUGCGCCGCAUGAACCGCUACGGUCUCCUCGGUGAGGGCCAGAACAAACUUGAUUACGUUCUUGCGCUCACUGUUGAGAACUUCCUUCAGCGUCGCCUUCAGACAAUUGUCUUCAAGAAUGGCAUGGCAAAGUCCAUCCAUCAUGCUCGUGUGCUCAUCAGGCAACGCCACAUUAGAGUUGGGAGGCAGCUCGUCAACAUUCCCUCAUUCAUGGUCAGAGUUGACUCUGAGAAGCACAUUGACUUCUCCCUUACCAGCCCGCUCGGUGGUGGUGAGCCUGGAAGAGUGAAGAGAAAGAACCAAAAGAAGGCUUCUGGUGGAGGCGGUGAUGGUGAUGAGGAUGAAGAGUGAUCAUGUGAUGAUUGCUCCUGGUUUUGGAAGAGUGAAGAGAAAGAACCAAAAGAAGGCUUCUGGUGGAGGCGGAGGCGGUGAUGGUGAUGAGGAUGAAGAGUGAUCAUGUGAUGAUUGCUCCUGGUUUUGUUGUUAGGACCUAAUUUUGCGGGCCCUGUUAGGACCUAAACAUGUUACAUGAACUGACGCAAAGAGUUGGCCACCGCCAGUUGUCAAAAUUGCGAUUUAAAUUAUCGAAAACCAUCAUUGCUGAGAACUCUGUCAUUGAGUUUUUUAUGUGAUGAAUAUGAAUAUUGCAUGUGAAUUCAGUGAGACA